AUGAAACAAGUCAUCAACCUUUGUGGCUCAGAAGUUAAGGUCAAGAUUACAGACGGCCCCAUCCCUGAGCCUGGCGCCAAGCAAGUCCUUAUCAAAGUCAUCGUCUCCGGUUCCAAUCCCAAGGACUGGAAGGUCCCAGAAUUUGCAGCUGCUUACAAUGGCCCCGAUGAUGGUUCGGUCAUGGCGAUGUCAAAGGCUGGUGUAAACCAAGGCGACGAUAUUGCGGGUAUAGUUGAAAAAGUCGGUGAAGAUGUGAUUGAAUUCAAGAAGGGAGACAGUGUCGCAGCUUUCCAUGAGAUGGGAGCUCCUGGAGGUUCGUACGCAGAGUAUGCACUUGCGUGGGAUUCGACUACUUUCCACAUCCCUACUUCGAAAUCCUUUGAGGAAGCUGCAACGAUCCCUCUCGCAGCCCUCACCGCCGCAGUAGCUGUAUUUCGCAACCUCAAACUCCCUACACCCUGGCUUCCCGCCACCACAUCUACGCCUUUCCUAGUGUACGGUGCCAGUUCAGCUGUUGGGUCGUUCGCCAUCAAACUCGCACGCAACAGCAACAUCCACCCAAUCAUCGCAGUUGCUGGUAAGGGCACUCACUACGUCGAAACGCUUCUCGAUCGAACAAAAGGCGACGUAGUCUUUGACUACCGCAAUGGCGCCGACAAAACAAUCAGCCAGAUCCGCGCACACCUCAAGGCUGGGAAUUACGGUGAAGUCAAACACGGAAUAGACCCUGGCAUUGGCCUUCCGAGUCAAAAAGUGUUGACGGAGAUUGUCGCGCCUGAUGGAGCAAUCAACCUUGUCCUACCGAGUAACUUUGACGUUGGAUCUGCGACUAAGACCACCACUUCAGUCGGCAUCGUUCAUAAUCAGGAUAACGGGGGCUAUAGUGCCGAUGGUGGUGAUUGUAGAGACUUGGGUUUCGUAACUUGUCGCUGGUUCACCAAGGCGUGGCAGGCGGGAACGUUCGAGGGGCAUCCAUUUGAAGUGAGGCAUGGAGGACUGGAAGGCGUAGAGCAAGCACUGAAAGAUCUAAAGGAUGGAAAGCAGAGUGCUGUGAAGUAUGUUUUCCGGAUUGCGGAUACGCCUGGUAUAUAG